AUUUAUGUCGUCAACGCCUUUGACGAGAUCCUCUCUGUCAACUGCUCGGGACGCGAGCAUGAGUUAUAAUUUCUUGUAGUGUAAGUGUGUGAGUGGAUGUGAUCGGGAACUCGAUUUGCUUCCCCUGCUCCCUGUUCCUCCACUUCAUAAGUUGUCACAAAGGACACAUAAGACACCGACUCCGCGUGUACAAACCUCGGUUGUUUAGACUUUGUGGAUAACUUGAGCUGACAUAAUGGAUAUUUUUCUCGGAGGGUUCUACGUGCUCACUGUCAUAUGUGCCAUCUUGUACAUAUGGACGCGCACGGCUCUUCCCGGCUCAACAGACCCGGCAUUCGCCGUGUUCCAGAGGACGUACCUUGUGGUCUACCUGCUGGCUAUGACGGGCGACUGGCUGCAGGGCCCUCACGUGUACGCCCUGUACGAGAGCUAUGGCAUGACCACUGAGCAGAUCGACAUCCUGUUUGUAGCGGGGUUCGGAUCCAGCAUGCUCGUGGGGACCAUCGUGGGAUCGGUGGCUGAUAGAUAUGGUCGUCGCACUAACUGCAUUCUGUAUGGCAUCCUGUAUGGGUCGGCGUGUGUCACCAAGCACUUUGGCAACUUCUGGAUCCUCAUGGUGGGCCGCAUCCUGGGUGGGACGGCCACCUCCAUCUUGUACAGCGCCUUCGAGUCCUGGCUGGUCUAUGAACACCACAAGCGCGGCUUUGAGAGCCAUCUGCUGGGCAACAUCUUCUCCCUGGGUGUGCUGGGAAACUCCGUGGUGGCCAUACUGGCCGGCCUCUUGGCCCAGAAGUUUGCUGAUCUUUUUGGCUUUGUGGCCCCGUUUGAUCUGUCGCUAGCGGUGUUGCUGAUCAUGGUGGUGGUCAUCAUCGCCACCUGGUCGGAGAACUACGGCGACCGCAGCAGUGACCUGAGCCAAUCUUUCUCUACAGCUCUGAAGACCAUCAGAGAAGACCCAAAAGUCCUGUGCCUGGGCCUGAUCCAGUCGCUGUUUGAGGGCGCCAUGUACUGCUUCGUCCUGGAGUGGACGCCCUCGCUCAGCAUCAUCUACAAGCCGUCCACGCAGGGGGGGAUGGUGGAGGACCACACGGACAUUCCGCACGGCCACAUCUUUGCCGGGUUCAUGGUGGCGUUGAUGAUUGGCUCAUCGUUGUUUAAAGUCUUAUCAGAAUACACGUCAGUCGAGUCUUUCAUGAGAGUUGUGUUCCUGGUAGCCUCCCUGAGCCUCAUCACGCCAGUUGUCUACAAAGGGAACCAGCUGUUCAUCUUCAUCGGGUUCCUGGUGUUUGAGACGUGUGUGGGCAUCUUCUGGCCGUCUAUGGGGACCAUGAGGGGAAAAUACGUGGCCGAGGAGAGUUGUAUGAGAGCCAGCCCCGUGCAGCACCCCUCAGCGACAAGGCGGCCACACUGCGUUCUGACAGCGUUGUGGAGGCGGCCGCCAUGGAGAAGGGGCAGAUGGAAGAGGUGGAGAUGGUCUGAGCGUGCGGUCUGUCGGGCUCUGCGACUUGACCGGUCCGGGGAGGAGGGAGUGACCAGCAACAACAACAACAGCAACAACAACAAUGCGGCGGAGACAACAGUACCACAACCAACAGCGACAACAACAGCAGCAACAAUGCAGCGGAGAGCCACCACCGCCACCAUCACACCUAAUCUCCUCCCC